UCCCAGAAUGCUUUGCGGUGCAAUAGUUCACGUCACUGCAGCGCAGCCGCAGAUGUGUAGCAGCAGUAAGCUGAGGUGGACUUCCUUUCAGUUAGUGUGAAAGGACCAGUGCAGUUUAGCAGUUAGACCUCAGAAACAACACGAGACAACCUCCUCUGAUACCAAAAUGAUUCGGAUAGCUGUUUUUCUUGCUCUGCUGGUGGUCGCCUGCUCGGGAGAGACCUGCACAGACCCAGCAAUCACCCCGUCGGCCUACACCACCUCCGACGCCGUCAUCUCCUCCGAGUCUGUCUUCAUCGUUGAACUCAGCCUGGCCUGUGCCAAUGGAGCACAGAGUGUGACUCUGUAUGCUGAUGUCAAUGGAAGACAGUUCCCUGUGACUAGAGGCCAGGAUGUUGGCAAGUACCAGGUGUCCUGGAGUCUUCCUCAUAAACAGGCCAGCUCUGGAACGUAUCAGGUCAAAUUCUUUGAUGAGGAGUCCUACAGUGCCCUGCGUAAGGCCCAGAGAAACAACGAAGAUGUAAAUGCCAUUCAGCCUCUCUUCUCUGUUAACAUUGACCACAGGGGUGCUUGGAACGGCCCAUGGGUGUCUACUGAGGUGGUGGCUGCCCUCAUGGGUAUCCUGGUCUACUAUAUGGCCUUCAGUGCUAAGGGCACCAUCCAAGCAUAAACGAGUCGCAAUCCCUGGAUCUUUAAAGACUGUAUUCUGGUGGAUCUCAACCAACCAUUUAUUAUCCAGUGCUGUGGUGAGCCAAGAGGAUUUUGCAAAAUGAUCUACUUUGGACAAAGAGCAAGAGCAGCAGUCUUUGUAUUUGUUUUUAUUCAGAACUUGUCUGAAUGCCAUCAGUCGUAUCAAUUUUUCAGAUCAAUUUUGUCGCGUUUGUUUUGUCAAUAUGGAUGGAAUUGUGUAAUUUUUUUUGAUAAAACCCAAACAAUAAACCAGGACCACAUCAAUUAACAAAACAAAUAUAGGUCAUGUAUUCAGUCCUGCUUAAAAGAUGUUGCUACACAGACUAGAUUAUUCUUUGUCCUUCUGUGUGAAUGCACUGGCCAAAUUAAAGACUUGUACAGAUGUGCCGAACAGCAACAGAGAGCGGUCAAGACCUCUGUUGAUAUAAUAUGUCAACAAUGUGACCUGCACUGGCUGGCCUGAACAGGUCUAGUGUAUAUGGAUCUUCCAGUAAAUUUAAUAAAUGGCUUGUUUUUCUUCCAGUG